AGCAACUCUUAGAAACAAUAAUAAUCUAGAGUGAGAGAGAAGGGUGAUCUAGAGAGAGAGUGUUUGUGAACAGAGAGAGAGAGAGAGAGAGAGAGAGAGAGAGAGAGAGAUGGGAAGGGCACCUUGCUGCUCGAAGGUGGGGCUCCACAGAGGGCCAUGGACAUCAAGAGAGGAUGCUUUGCUCACCAGUUAUAUCAAGAACCAUGGGACAGGCAACUGGAAAACUCUCCCUAAGAGAGCAGGGCUACUUAGGUGUGGGAAGAGCUGCAGACUAAGAUGGAUGAACUAUAUUAGACCUGACAUCAAGCGUGGAAACAUCAGCCCCGAAGAAGAAGACCUCAUCAUCCGCCUCCAUUCUUUGUUAGGUAACCGAUGGUCUCUCAUCGCCGGCCGCCUUCCCGGCCGCACCGACAAUGAGAUCAAGAACUACUGGAAUGGCCAUCUCAGCAAGAAGCUCAAAAAUCAAGGCUUGCUCGUCAAAGAAGCAGUGACGAGGCGACUUACACCUCCAGAUCGCAAUUCCAAGAAGAAGAAGAAGAACAUUAAUAACAAUGAAGCGAAAUGCAUAAAUACUGAGAAUGUUAAAAUGAACAAAAUCUACGCACCAAAGCCAACGAGGAUUUACCCAACGUAUUGGAACUAUGUAACUGAAAGCAACGAAGAAACUGAAGGCACUAAUGGAAGAUUAGAUAGUGGGGAUGAAAGCAGCAGUGGAAAUUUUCAGGAGAUUCUAUCUUGUUCUGACAAUGGAGAAGAAGCUAAUCUUCUUGAUGUGAAUCAUUACUUGGGUUCGGAUUUGGAGUUAGUAAAUUGUGAUUUCUUCUUGGAAGAUCAUGAAGUGCUUGAUAGAGUAUACCAGGAGUACUUGCAGCUUUUAAAUGUAGAAACUGAUAAGGAGAAUUGAAUUAUGGGAAAAAAAAUUUCUGGAAGGAUAUUCUGAUCAAAAUUAUGAUCGUGAUGGUCCUCGAAGUCUUUGGAUGUGCUUCAAGAUGGGUGCAAUACAUAUAAGAAAGCAAUCUUGCGCUAAUAUGAAAGUAGAUCUAAUGACUUCGAGCUCCAUCUUGAUCAGUUCUUGAUGAGAAUUAUCGAGACGUUUGAAGAUUCAGUAAUUGUGUAAUGAGUGAUUGAGCAUAUCUUACCUGUAAAUUUAGACUUUAUUCAGGAUGAUUUUCUUAAACUUCUUAAACUGCUUUGAGAAACAGUUAGAAAGUCAUUCCAAACAAAAUCUUAAUGUAUAUUACUUUCUCUAAUCUGUCUAACUUGAAGCUAAACUUAGCUAAAGUUGGCUUUUUUAAUGAUAAAAAGAGUAUAUUAUUAUGAAAGAAAUAUAUGUUGGC